CCACCACCACCUCACCCACCAACACCACCACCUCACCCACCAACACCACCACCACCUCACCCACCAACACCACCACCACCUCACCCACCAACACCACCACCACCUCACCCACCAACACCACCACCACCUCACCCACCAACACCCCCACCUCAAACUUAAACGAUGCAGGAAUAUAUUACUAUAUGGAAGUCUCCGUGGACAUAUCUGGACAGACAAAAAAUGUAUCAGAGAUCAGAUCCUGGCUUUUUCAGCUGUUUAAAGAUCACUUGGGCAGCUGUGUGCCCUCUGGCAGCACACCCAGCAGUCCUUCCAAUGACCCCCCGAGAACAGAAACGCCCAGUGAAAUGGGCCGAAGUGGUGUUCACCUUCUCCAGGGCCUCCAGGUGUCAUGCCCAAAGACAACUGGAAUAAGGAGGGCCACGUGCUUCGUCAUAGUGGGGGUGAGCCCCACGGUGCCUCCCUGCUGCCUCCUCCGGACUCUGUGCCAGGCAGGGAACCACUCCCAAAGCAUCAGUGGCACCGCACACACGGUGGAAAGGAUGAAGAGACUGCCACAACCCAAUAGCACCUCAGACUGCAGCGACGUCCCCGCAGUUAAGGGCUGCAAUGCCGUUUCGCCUCCAAGCAAAACCUGUGCGGACCCUUUGACUCUAUUCAUUCCUGCUUGGAAUUUGUCAAGCAACUGCAGUAAACCAACAGUUAGUUACCUGAUGCAGAUCAAUGUCAGCGUUUCUGGAGGAAAUAACAAUGAACAUGACGUCCGUUUAUGGCUUCAGGAGCUCUUUGAUGAUCACUCAGAUGGCUGUUUGACAACAGCGAUGACAACAGCGAUGACAAAUUUCACAAAAGCUAUCCCAAUCAACAUAUUCAAGAGUUUGGACAUUUCCUGCGAUGAGAAAACGGGAAUAAGGAAGACGUCAUGUGCCGUCCGGUUGGAAUUUUGGCACGCAGUCCAACCCUGCUGCCUCCUCCAGACUCUCUGCCGGGCAGGGAGCAACUCCCACAACAUCAGCGCAGCCGCACACACAGUGGACAGGAUAGGGAUACAGCCAGCCAAUAGCAGCUCAGAGUGUAGCAGUGUCUCCAAGCCUUACCCAGAAUCCUGCAUGGCUACUCCUCCUCACAACGCAACAUGUAGAGACCCCUCUACUGUGUUCAGCCCUUUGACUGACCUCAACACCACAUGUCCAACAGAGGAACAAGUUAUAGGAACAGCCUGUAACUGCUCUGGGUUCUGCACUGGAAGAGAAAUUGAUGCAUACUAUGCUUUUAGAAUUUCAAUCACGGACAGAACACUAAACGUGUCCUACAUCUCUAAUCUGAUCUCUCAGCUGGGGACUCGUUCCCUUUGCACCCACGACUCUGGCUCAACAUGCCUGCCCGACAUCAGAACCUCAUACAAGGAUAAUAAAGUUGACUGUGGACAAACAACUACGAGGCUUGAGCAGUGCAAUGUGAUCAUCAGUUUCUCCCAAAAGCUUCCUACUUGUGCCAUCUCCGCAUCCUUGGAGAUGGCAUUCAGUUCCGAGGAGGGCACCAGUUACAAUGGACAGCUGAGCAGACUAGGACUAUGUGGGAACACAAGUUACCAGGACAAUCCAAUAAACUCCAGCUGUAGCUGGGUUGAAUUAUUAACCCAGUUGAGUCCCACCAUUUUCUGCCAGUAUUACGUACCUGAAUUCCUCUGUCAACAAGGAUCUAAUAUCUGUAUGCUCCUGGGGGAGCCAUGUACGUCCAGCCCCAACGCCACCACCACCAUCCCUCCCAUGAACACAACCUUGACCUCUAACCCCGCAAACACGACCUCUACCCCCCUGAACAUGACCUCUAACCCCAUGAACACGACCUCUAACCCCGUGAACAUGACCUCUAACCCUGUGAACAUGACCGCUAACCCAGUGAACACAACCUCUAACCCCAUGAACAUGACCUCUAACCCCCUGAACAUGACCUCUAACCCAGUGAACACAACCUCUAACCCCAUGAACAUGACCUCUAACCCCCUGAACAUGACCUCUAACCCUGUGAGCACGACCUCUUACCCUAUGAAAACGACCCCUAACCCCCUGAACACAACCUCUAACCCCGUGAACACGACCUCUAGACCCGUGAACAUGACCUCUAACCCCCUGAAAACAACACUCCCUACCCACCUGAAUACGACCUCUAGCCAAGCUAGCACGACCAUCCUGCCCAUCAACACAACCUCGACCUCUAGCCCAUCUAACACGACCUCUGGCCCCCUGAACACGAGCACUAACCUCGGCCCCAACAUCCCAGUGACAGCACAGCCGAAUGCGUCCCUGACCUCCACCACAAUGCUGAGCAGUACACCAACCACCAAUGGGACACUAACCACCGCCAUAGCAGGUACCGGUUCCCCGACAGAGCUUCCCACAACAGCCAUGAGCAACGAGGCCGCGGCUGGACUCCUGCUUCAGCAGACCGGAGACGUGUCCCGCCUAAACUCCAGCCAGGUGGAGCAGCUGGUGUCUGACCUGGAGGGCCUGGUGGCGGGGCCCCGGAUCAGCGUGGCUCUGGGGAACAUCUCUGUCCACAUCGUGAGCAACCUGCUGGGCGCAUCCGAGAGCACACUGGCCUCCUCCUCCAACCAGAUCGUGAGGAUUGUGGAUGCGGUGGGGCUGAAGCUGGUGUUCGAUACAGAUGUGGAGGAGCUGCUGUCGGACUCCCUCGCUCUGUCCAUCAAAGCCGUCGACGGAGCCAACUUCAGGGAGACAACCUUCUCAAUCGCAGACCCACAAAACGUACUGGUGCGAGACGGCUCGCGGAGCCGAAGGAGUGUGAGGGCCAAGGUCCCCCAAGGGUCCAUCCGGCUGCCCCCCAGCCUGACCCAGGCUCUGACCUCAGAGCAGCAGAGCCAGGCCUCCAGGGUCCAGUUCAACUUCUACCAGAAAGGCACUGUGUUUCAGGACCCUCACCUGGGAACCCGGAGGCUGAUCAGUGGCAUCCUGGGGGCCAGCGUGGCCAACCUGUCCAUCCACGGUCUGGAAGAGAACGUCACGGUGAACCUCAGGAACACAGAGCCUGUUCCGGAGAACUACUCUGCAAUCUGUGUUUACUGGGACUUUGCCAUGAACAAUGGAACUGGAGGCUGGAACUCAGAUGGAUGUUUCCUUCAGAACAGCACAGACAGCGAGACCAUCUGCAGCUGCAACCAUCUCACCAGUUUUGCCAUACUGCUGGAUCUCGACAGGGAACCGAUCAUGGACCGCCUCCAGGCCAACAUCCUGACCUUCAUCACAUACAUUGGCUGUGGCCUCUCCGCAAUCUUCCUCUCCCUUACCCUCCUCACCUACCUGGCAUUCGAGAAGCUGCGUAAGGACAUGCCAUCCAAGAUCCUGAUCCAGCUGUGCCUGGCGCUGCUCCUGCUCAACCUGGUGUUCCUGGUGGACUCCUGGCUGUCGCUGUACCCCUCCGUCCCCGGCCUCUGCAUCUCCACCGCCUGGUUCCUGCACUACUUCCUGCUGGCCUCCUUCACCUGGAUGGGCCUGGAGGCGGUGCACAUGUACCUGGCGCUGGUCAAGGUGUUCAACACCUACGUGUCGCACUACAUGCUCAAGUUCUCGCUGGUGGGCUGGGGCGUGCCCAUGGUGGUGGUGGUCAUCGUGAUCGCUGUGGAUUCGGAGAACUACGGUCUGGUGACUUACGCCAAGUUCCACGACGGCACGUCGGACGACUUCUGCUGGCUGCGGAACGACAUUGUGUUCUACGUGGCGGUGGUGGCCUACUUCUGCGUCAUCUUCCUCUUCAACUCCAUCAUGUUCGUGGUGGUCAUGGUGCAACUGGCCCGCAUCCUGCGGCAGAACCCGCACAGCGAGCAGCACCGUAGCUCACUGCAGGACGCGCGCCGCGUGGCCGGCGUCACCGUGCUCCUGGGCCUCACCUGGGGCUUCGCCUUCUUCUCCUGGGGGCCCGUCAACCUGGCCUUCAUGUACCUCUUCACCAUCUUCAACACACUCCAAGGCUUCUUCAUCUUCCUGUUCCACUGUAUGGUGAAGGAGAACGUGCGCCGUCAGUGGAGAACCUCCCUCUGCUGCGGAAAACUAAGACUGGCCGAGAACUCUGAUUGGAGUCGAACGGCCACGCAGAAGACGAAGAAGAAAUCGUCUGUGAGUGGAGUGACCUCUCUGAGCUCCUCGGAGUCCAACAAUUCCUCCUUCCUGGCCAGAGACUCCCCCGAGCUACCCAACGGCAUCGAAAGUCGACUCACUGACAGAGAGAUCACAGCAGACGAGGCACUCAAUUCAGACGUGAUCCUGAACGGGACGGACCACCCACACAACCUCUGAACAUGGCUGCAGUCCGGAGCCAGUCGUCAUAGUAAACAGACUUCAGGACGUCACCUCCAACUUGUUUUUGUGGUUACGGUUGUGGAGCUUGAACCCUGUCGUAUGGAUGCAGAAAAAAACAAUAUACCCUAUACAUUUUAGAUAAGGGGGGACUUUACACUGGGAAAUAUUUCCCAUGUCUCUGAUUGCACGCCAAAUAACCAUCAUCGUUGAUACAUUCACGAUCAAGGUGAACAAUCUCUACUGGUAUUUCUUCUUGGCUCGUGAUACCCUCUAUUGUCGAAGAGCACAAUGACAUUUCUUUGUGUUAGUAUUUGUAUUGAUUCUAAAGACAUAGAUCUAUAUAUUUAAAAAAAAAAUGCUAUAUAUAAUAUUUAAUUCAUGGAGUACUGGUGUGGCGGUAUAUGAAUGUGAUGACACUUCAGACACACUGGUACUGCAGGCAUUUAUUUUCAUAUUACUUUGGACAAAAGCAGUCAACACCCUUCUCUACUUCAGGUGCAGUCGGCCACUGUUCAACAAACUGUAUAAAACCAUAUUUGUUGUUGAAUAAAUAAAUAUAACAAUGGACCCCAUGGUAAAAGCAAGCUAAAUCCACCUCUGUCAAAUUCAAAGAAAAAAAAUAAAAAGAUUUAAGCAGAAAACAAAUGGAAUCCAGCAGGAGGAACAAAAGGUGCCAAGUAACAAAGAACAUUCAAUAAAAACCAACGCAAGCACAAAAGUAUAUUCUCCAACAACCAUCCAUU